AUGGUAGCAAGUUAUGGUGAUGAUGAAAUGGUCGACUUCUUUUUAUCAUCAAAUGCUGAUGCUGGACAGAAGAAUGAUGAUGGUAGGACUGCAUUUGAUUGGGCUAUGAUAAGAGGUCACAUGUCAAUAGCUGGUCGUUUGUUGUUGGCAACUCAAAGAGUUGAAGGUGUUACAGUUGAGCGUCUUCCUCGCUUGUUGCAUUGGGCAUGUAAAUCCAAGAGUGUAGAUAUUGCAAGAAAUAUUAUAGAAAGGCUGGGAGCAGCAUGGAAGGAUGACUGGGGACGAACUUUACUUCACUGUGCUGCUGAGGAGGGCAGUCGUGAUGUGGUUGAGCUUCUCUUGGCCAACAAGGCAGAUGCUGAUGCUUCAGACAAGUAUGGUGUCAAGCCUUUUGAUUUUGCCUUCAAAAAUGGUCACAUGUCAAUUGCUGGUCAGUUGUUUUCAUUAAUGCAGUCAGUUGAACAUCUUGUACUUGAGGAUGUGUGGAAGCUGCUGGAGUGGGCAUGUAGGAAUAAAGAAAUGGAUGUUGCAAGGAAGAUUGCAGAAAAGUUUUGUCAAUCAGUGGAGAAGGAGUCUGGUCGCACUUUACUUCACUUUGCUGCUCAACUUGGUCAUCGUGAUACAGUCAACUAUCUGUUGGAGAUGAAGGCAGAUGCAGAUGCUAAAGAUAAGGAUGGUAAGAGACCAUACCAACUGGCUGAUGGUGAACUGAGAAGACGACUGAAGAAAGCAAUAGAUGAACAGAAGUAUGCUGUUCUGUUUGCUGAGGGCACAGUGAGACCAGAAAUCAUCAAGUUGUGUUUCAUCGGUUCAGAAGGAGCUGGAAAGACGACACUCAUGAAGGCUCUCAAACGAAGAUGGUACAAACGAAUUUUUACAAACGAGAAUCAAGCAGACGACCCUGAUUGUGAAGAGGAACGUACGAUUGGUAUCAACGUGAUGAUAGCCUAUAUUCCAGGAGUGGGUCUGGUCUCACUGUGGGACCACGCAGGUCAAAAGCAGUUCCACAAAACCCAUGGCCUCUUCUUCUCUGCAUCCAACUCGUUCUUCAUCUUGCUAGUGAGUUUGAGGAGAGUAAAGGAGGAACGAUGGUGCAGCUAUGACGAGUUGCGAGAUGAGGUUCAGUACUGGCUCUCAUUUCUCAGAUCCAGUUUGGAUGGAGAGUUUAUACCCACAGUGUUGAUAAUGGCCAGUCGAGGAGAUUAUGAUCGUGAUGGUCAGCAUGAGUCGCAGCGUUUGUUGCAGCGUGUGCUCGACUGCAUUCGUGAGCUGUUCAAAGGCAUGAUCAACAUCAUUCAAGAAUGUUUGGUUAUCGACUGCAGGAGUAGUUCAUCUCCUGAAAUGGAACAACUGAGGAAAUUGUUACGUGGUGUUAAGCUGCAACUUGAGGAGUCUGCUCCUCUGUAUCCUCGUCUUUGUCAGCCAGUCGUGUCCAAGUUGCUUCCCUCUCUUCGUAAGAAACAAGAAGAUCCAUUCAUGGAGAAGGCAACACUCAUGGAGAAGAUUGAGCAAGAAGCAUGUCCAGGACAAGAGAAGAAGGUUGUAGAAAAGGUAGUCGGUUUUCUGGAUCAUUCAGGAGAGAUUGCUGUUGUUGGUGAUGUGGCUGCUCUCAAUCCUGCUUGUCUACAUCAAUAUGCCAUCGGUCCUAUUGUUGCUUCCAAGGAUUUCAAGUGGCAUGUCAAGUCAGAGGGAAAUGAUGGCACGGUAACAAAAAAAGAAGCAAAAACGGCAAUCGAUCAUUACUUGAGAGAUCACAAGAUUGCUGUUCAACUCAACACAGAUAAAGUUCUCGCUAUCAACACAUCUCUUGGUAUCUGCUUCAAAGUGGAAGGCAGAGACGACACGUACAUGUUUCCAGCUCUCUUGCCUUCUAAGGAUCUGUCUGUCAUGUGGAAGAAAGAUGAGAGUAAGAAAGUGUAUGUCGGUCGACGUCAAGUGUGCAGAAGUCAGACGACCAUCUUCAGUCCAUCUACAUUCUGUAUGUUUCAAUCUAAAGUUUGCAUUACUUUGGAUCAAAAGGCAAGGCUGUGGAGGGAUGGACUGAUCUUAUCACAAUGCAGUACAGUUCAUAAUCUCAUUGAGUGUUUGGUGGCCAUGAUAGAUCCUGUUCGUUCUGUCGACUUUGUGUGUCGAGGAGGCAAGCAAACAGAAGCAGAAUGUGUUUCACUGCUGGACACUGUCAUGUCUCUUUGGAGAGAUAUGUUAGACAGCUACAGUCCGUUCACUAAAUAUCAGACUGAAUAUCUGAGCAGAAAGCAUUUGGAGGAACACAAAGAACUAAAACAAGUCGUUACCUACUCUCAGAAGGAGAUCGAUGAAGCAAAAGCAAAUCAAGAAGGAGCAUGUGCUGCUGUCAAACAAGUAGUUGGUGAUGAGCUGAUGGUAGAAAGUCUUGGUGACCUGCUGGUUGUACCAUCAUCAGCUGCUAGAAUGCCAACCACUACAGUUGUUGUCCAUCCCACUGCAGUAGUGGCAGUUGUCAUGAAGCACGGUUCAUCUCAAUGGUAUUUAUUUGGACAGAAAUUAGGUUUCAGUCACGACGAAGUUAAUUCCUUAUGUCAUGACAAAGUGACUGCAGAUUCUAAAUUGUCUGCAAUUAUUCAAGUGAAGACUGAACAAGUUGGUGAUGUGAAGAAGAUUGAUGAUCUGCUGUUGGAGAUAUGUGGACUGUUGCCAAGUCGAAUUGAUGGUGUAGUCAAGGAGGAGCUUGGACUUGCUCAUUAGCCACAUGAUUGUAGUUGUGGGCAUGAUAUUUUAUCAUCAUAAUAAUAAUAGGGAUUUAUUGAUGAAAUAUUUAUUAUCAAAGCAAGACAGCAUCGUGUGUAUGAUGUGUAGACUUAAAAUAUAUAUUAUACAUAGACAGGCAUGUUGCUACAUAUUCAUAUUUAUGCCUUUAUUUUGCUUCCCUUUGUCAUAUACAGGCCACUAAAUGUACGAGCAUUG